AUGUUGGCACCCAAGUUCCUCCUUCUCCUCCUCACCCUCCUCCUGGGGGUGGUCUUCGCCCGCGAUGCCACGGGCCUGUCCCUCCACGACAAGAGAGACCUUCAAGCGCGCCAAGACGGAGCAGACGCAGCAGCCGAACAAGCCCCUAGACCAGACACCGCCCUAAGCCUCAGGCGCGACGAAACGAUACGGCCGCCCGGACAGGCAGUCCCCGCACGACGUCAAGACUCGUUCCUGUGGUCCGGCGCUGCGCAGCUCCCUGGACCGCCAAGCGACAAAGAGCUGGUAGCAAUGACACGCGACGCUUACGACCUGAUGAUCUGGUACGCGACAAGAGACAAAGUUCCCGAGUCAAAACGCCCCGGCUCCAUGACGGGCUUAGCGGUAGACAACAAAGUCUACUUCUUCUCGUCCCUCAAGGGCUCAGGGCUCACUGUGUACGCCGAUCGCAACAACAAGGCAGAUCCUAAAACCAAUCCCAAUGUCCCUGCCGGGGUGCAGGAGGCGCUCUGGAACUGUUAUCAGGCUAGUGAAAGAGAGGCCCAGGACGCGGGCGAGGGAGAUGGUCAGGGUCAGGCCCAGCACCGGACCGGCGCGUCCUGCGGCGAGGUCAUGGCCUCCUGGGCCUUUUAUAGUACAAAUCCAGGUGCUAACUUGGAGAGUGCGACGUUUGUCGCGUGGGGGGCCCAGAGGGGGCGCGACGGGCGGGCAGUGUAUAAGAUUAUGCCUCCCUGUGGAGGUGGACGCAAUCCUGAGUGGGGUUGUGACAGUUUUCUGAAAUCGUUGGACGCCAGAGCGGUCGGCCGAAGCGUGGUACCGGCUGACAGUUAUGCUGAACCUACGGCUGUGCUCCAUUUUCCGCUGAGAGGAUUCAGGAUUCGGCUUCAGUUGCGCGAUUGA